CCGGGAAGCCGCGUCGCGCGGGCCCCCGGGAUGUACCGCAGGGGCAGGGGCGUGCUGCUGAAGGAGAGCGCGCUGGCCCUGUACAACAACCUGAGCGUGCUGCCGCUGCCCGCCAAGCAGCUCGCCUACUUCGCCUGCGUGCACGGCGGCACCGUCAACCUGGUGAGCGCCGCGGACGACGGGCUCGGCGCCUCGCACCGGCAGCUGCAGGCCAAGGAGGGGAGCCUGGGCGUCGGCGCCUCGGCCAUCACCCAGGCUGCUUGGUGUGUCCUGCCUUCUAGGGUCCUCUUGGUCCUGACGUCACGGAAGGGUAUCCAGAUGUAUGAGUCGGAUGGCUCCGUCAUGGUGUACUGGCACGCUCUGGAGGGCAUGGAGGCUUUGCCAGGGCAGGCAGUUUUUGCUCGUGGAAUUGCAGCAUCUGGACAGCGCUUUGUUUGUGUAGGGACAUCCUCUGGGUCAGUCCUUGUCUUUGACGUCCCCUCCAAAGGCACCAACAUCACGCUGAGCGAAGUCCUGGAAAAGCACUGCAGCUCCAUCACCGACGUUGGCGCAGAGCUGUGUGAGCGGCCGGAGGGAGGUGCUGACCUGGUGACGGCGGAUGACUCCGGAGCCUUGUGUGUCUGGUGUGCUGGAGACAAGUUCAAGCUGAUCACCAGAAUCACCCCUGUUUCUGAGUCCACCUGCUCCUCGGUGAAGCUGUGGAACGGGGUGAUCGUGGCUGGUUAUGGGAAUGGGCAGAUUCGUCUCUAUGAGGCAGCCAGUGGGACCCUGCGGGCGGAGGUUAAUGCUCACGCACGCUGGAUCUACGCCCUGGACCUCGCCCCGCAUUCAGGCAAGCUCCUGUCUGCUGCUGAAGACUCCUUUGUGCAGGUCUGGAAGUUGAGCCGCAAUUCAGACACACAGGAUAUUGAGGUGGAGCACUGCCACACAGAGUGUGUGGCCGACACCCUGCUCUGCGGUGCCCGCUUCUGCGACCCCGAGGGCAGCACCUUCGCCGUCACCGGCUUCGAGCUCAGCGAGAUAAUCCGCUUUGUGCAGGCGUAGCCCUCCUGGGGCUCCCUGGAGAUGGGGGGGCGGGGGGCUCUCCCGCCGCCGCGCAGCACCGAGAGCAGCCCAGGCCAGCCCUCCUUCCACGAUGCGGCUGCCCUUCCUCUCCAGCUGCUCAGGCAGGGCCGCUGCCCUCCGUUCUGAAGGGGGCAUGCCCAGGAGUGCUGGCACAACCCGUGGGGUUUGCUCCAGCCCCUGCCAAGCCAUGGGGCAGGGACAUGGGUCCCAGGCUCCCCCCACGGCAUGCCGGGAGGUUUCUUCUAGAGCUAGGGCCCCCUCAGCCCCAGGCCGCUGCAGGAUGAGCCCCUGCCCCCCACGCAUCCUGCCAGAAGGAAGCUGGCCAAGCUCACUCUGCUACCAGUGCUGCCCUCCAGAAAAGCAGGAAUAAGCCAGCUGCACUGGAACUGCCCCAUACAAGGAAGGAUGUGUGAACUGGAGGAGGACCAGAGGGUCGUUCUUGUCAAAACGUCUCCUCUUCUCUUAGAGGAUCCAUUAAUACCCGGCUGGUUGGGCCAAAUGACUGAAUGUGGGGCUUUCGGACAUGGACCGACCAGCCCGCCAGGCUGCAGUCCGGCUCUCCCUGCCAGGGGGGCAUGUUGGGGGGGGGGCUCCUUUUUGCUCCAGCGGGUCAGCACCCCCCCCAUAGGGCUGACGCGCAAUGGCGCCUAGCACCUAGCAAUCUUCUGGGAUGUGACAGAGAACUGCUGGGAGGGCCCCUCUUGCGUUGGGGCCGCCUCCCCCUGCAGCCCCUCGGGGCUCCCCACUUUGACAAGGCCAAGGGGAGAAACCGCCUGUGACGAAGCCGGGCUGCGGCGCUUCCGCAGGGUCGAGGCUCCGCAAGUUGCCCGGCUCCCGCGGCGCUGCCUUGCUCCUGGACCAGGGCACUGGCGGGCUGGGCAGAGAGCGGAGCAUUGCAAGUGGCCCUGGGCCCUGUGAAGUCUCCCUCGGGGGGAAGCUGGGCCAGUGCUCCAUGCAAGGGAGCGUUCCGACGACUGCAGCAUUUCAGCCGAGGAGGCUGCAGCGUAUUUCCUGGAUAAAUAAAAAAAUUGACGAUC